AUGGAGCCCGCUGCGACCAUCGCUGCAGUUGUGGCCGCUCUCAACGUCUCGCAGCUUAUCAUAAAGGUUUCCCUGAGGCAGAUGCAGAAAAGUCAGGCAAGGAGGCUACGGCACCGCGGUGAUGUCCUGAAGUCUGAGAGUAGCACAGACCUGUCAGAAAGCAGGCGACCCAGCGCCGAGGACAUCACAGUGGCAAUGGGUCAUGUUGAUGCCGUGGAACGGCGAUUCUGGGCACGGGAAACAAGCACUGAGUGGUGGGACCGCAUAGUGCUGCAGGUCUGGGAUGAAUCCCAGUGGCUGCGAAACUUUCGCAUGCGGAAGGGAACUUUCCUGGAACUUUGUGAGUUGCUGUCCCCUGCCCUGAAGCGCAGUGACACCCGGUUGCGAGCUGCACUGAGUGUACAGAAGCGAGUGGCCAUAGCCCUGUGGAAGCUUGCAACGCCAGACAGCUACCGGUCAGUCGCGAACCAGUUUGGGGUGGGCAAAUCUACCGUGGGGGUUGUUGUGAUGCAAGUAGCGAAGGCAAUCGUUGAUGUACUGCUGCCAAAGGUAGUGACCCUGGGAAACGUGGAGGCGAUCAUAGAUGGCUUCGCAGCGAUGGGAUUCCCAAACUGCGGUGGGGCCAUAGAUGGAACUCACAUCCCUAUCCUGGCACCGGACCACCAGGCCACCCAGUACAUUAACCGAAAGGGAUACUUUUCCAUGGUGCUGCAAGCACUGGUGGACCACAGGGGACGUUUUACCAACAUCUACGUGGGAUGGCCGGGCAAGGUUCAUGACGCUCGUGUUUUCAGGAACUCUGGUCUGUUUAGACGGCUGCAACAAGGUAUUUACUUCCCGGACCACAAAAUAACUGUUGGGGAUGUGGAGAUGCCUAUAGUCAUCCUCGGGGACCCAGCCUACCCGCUAAUGCCCUGGCUCAUGAAGCCCUAUACUGGCGCCCUGGACACUGAAAAAGAACUCUUCAACUACCGGCUGAGCAAGUGCAGAAUGGUGGUGGAGUGUGCUUUUGGCCGUCUCAAGGGGAGAUGGAGAAGCUUACUGACUCGCUGUGAUCUCAGCGAAACCAAUAUCCCCAUUGUUAUAGCAGCUUGCUGUGUGCUCCACAAUCUCUGUGAGAGCAAGGGGGAGACCUUUAUGGCGGGGUGGGAGGUUGAGGAAAAUAGCCUGGCUGGUGAUUACUCACAGCCAGACAGCCGGGCGAUUAGAAGAGACCAGCGGGAAGCGCUGUGCAUCCGGGAGGCUUUGAAAGCAAAGUUCCUGAGUGAGCAGGGUAACCUGUGA